GUCCUCGGGGGGCGCGCGACAGUUAGCGUUCCGCAUUCGGAACAUGCGCCGCGUCGCGGGUACACAGUGCCUACCCGUAUCACUCGUCCUCGUUGCCAGUGUUCGCCGCUGUACCAUCAGCCAGCGAGUCCUCCGCGCCGUGUGCAGCUGCCGUCUCUGGUGACCGCCGCGACCGGUUCCCACACAGGCCGACUUACCGUUCACGUUCCAACCUGCGAGCCGUUGUCACACGCCGACAACAACCGCCCCCGGUCCAGGGGACAAGAGACGGUCCCGUUGACCAAGACGGUGCUCGGGGCCCAGCUCCGCGCGGUCCACCCGCGUCGUCGUCGUUCCCUUCGAUCAGUGAUCGCGUGAAGAGGAAACCGGGUGAUCCCAGUGAAAGUGACGCCGGGCCGGUUAUACUUAGUGACCGGAUCAGUGAGAAGAUUCGCGCGCCAGCAAUCCUCCUCCGCGUCCUCCUUCGGCUGCCCCGGCGAUCUUGGCUCUCUCUCUGGCUAUUCUCCGGGACCAGCUGCGCCGAACCGAUACCCCUUUCUGCUAGCUUUACCAAGAGUUGACAGGGAUCGCGGAUGUUUUCGCUAUCUCUUGCACGAGAUCAGCUGAACUGAGACCCUCUUAUCGGAGGGCAGACCUGACGAUCGCUGACGAUUUUAGACGUCGCGGGCUAUCUCUUGCACCAGACCAGCUCGACUAGACCCCAGACUAGACCAGACUUGAUUCCAGAAAAUCCUGGACCAGGCUACCUGAUCUGUCUCCUGUUUAGCACCAGCUUCGACGAGCCAAUACCUUCGCACAGAGCAGACUUGUUUCUCCUCGAAUGUUCAGGCUGCCUAGGCUGUCUCUCGAGCAACCGAACUAACACUUUGACAUCUUAUCUAGCGCAGAAUUUGCGAAGAUCUCGACAGCCUUGCCUAGGCUGUCUCUUAGCCCCAGAUCAGCUGAAUCGUCGUCUCGCCGUCGAGUCUAGCCCAGAUUUCGCGAGAACGUCUGAUGUCCAGGCUAGCUAGGCUGCCUGUUCCGUCAGACCGUUAACGUCUCGACGAAAAGAAACCCAGCCCAGAUAUUUGCGAACAGACCUCGGAUGUCAGCUGGGUCUCCAGGCCCGGAGCAGCAGAACUAAGCGACGGUAGCCGAGCCCAGAUCCUGCGAGGACCUCGGAUGUCAAGGGUAUCGAAGCAGUCCCCGGCUCCGCAGUACCGAUAGGUCGCCGGCACGGCGGAUCGAAGUCGAUCUUAUCGGCAUAUCGGCGGGUCCUGGUCGCGACGCGGCACCCAGCGUCACGACUCGGCGAAGCUGCGGCUUGAUUACUGGCUCGUUUCUCGCGACGUGUCACCGACAUUCGGCCCGGGCGAGAUACAUCCGGGCAGGCGUCAGAGCGGCGGUCACUGGACCGUCCGGCGGACGUCUCGACCGCCGUACGACGAGCCGCUGGAAUCAGGAGGUGGAGGAGGAGGGGCUGUGGAGGUGGUGGAGGAGGAAGGCCCGCGGACGUGCAACAAGUUAAGAGGCCGCCGCUGCCGUCGACAUCGCUGCCGCCGCCACCGUCCUCGCCACGAUGUGACAUGGAUAUCCUAGCACUAGCCUGCGCCCUCGUCGCCACGGCCCUUUACUGCAACACCCUGCACGCCGGUUUCGUCUACGAUGAUCGGAGGGCCAUCCUGACGAAUCCAGACCUGCUGUCCAGCACGCCAUGGCACCGACUGCUGGAAAAUGAUUUCUGGGGCACGCCCCUGACAGACAAAGGAUCCCACGGCAGUUACAGGCCACUCUGCGUGGCGACGUUCCGAUUGAAUCAUCUGUUUGGUGGCCUGGAGCCCUGGGGUUACCAUUUGGCGAACGUCGCGUUGCACGCGGCCUGCACCGUUCUCGUGGUCAGGGUCGCCAGGAAGGUAUUACCGGGCAGAAACAACCUCGGGCACGCGAUCACCGGGUUCCUCUUCGCGGUGCACCCGAUCCACAGCGAGGCCGUCGCCGGCGUCGUCGGCAGGGCUGACCUCCUCGCCUGCCUGCUGACCUUGUCGGCCUUCCUGGCGUACUGCGCCCACUGCGACCAGUCCAGGUCGCCGUUCCCUCUGCUGCUGGCCAUCGUAUCCUCCACGUUGGCCACCCUGGCCAAGGAGACCGGGAUUUGCGCCCUGGCCUUGUGCCUCCUCUGGGAACUAUGCCGGGGCGAGUCGAACCGAAAGGUGAACUGCGGCCUGACCCGCACCCGCAGCCUGGGCAUCCUGUCGGGCAGCCUGGUCCUCUUGAUCCUCGGCAGGCUGAGGAUCACCGGCACGCGGCCCGAGUUCGCCAGCGCAGACAAUCCAACGGCCAGACACCCGUCUCGGCUGACACGGGGUUUGACGUUCCUCUAUUUACCAGCUGCGAGUGCGAGGAUGUUGCUGUGCCCCAGCACGCUGAGCUUCGACUGGUCCAUGGACGCGGUGCCGCGUAUAACGAGCCUGUUCGACUUCCGGAACCUGGAAUCGGCGUGCCUGUACGCGGCGCUGAUCGGCGCCACGAUCUGGGCGGUUAAAAUACUUCGGCGAACGCCGCGAGAGGUUUCCCUAAGCCUCGUGCAGAUAUACCCCCGGUCCAUGUCCUCGAGGUGCCCGGUUUGCGCGGGAAGACGCAUCGGCGGAUGUCACACGGACGGCUGUCGUGCAGCGAACAACAACAACAACGGGCCGUUCGGGGACUGUCACUGUGCUAAAAGGGCCACCAGCAACUCCGUGACAGCCGGCAACGGAUUCACCAGCAGACAGGCAGCAGCCACCGGUGUCGCAGUCUCGCUCGGCUUCCUCGUGCUUCCCUUCCUACCGGCUAGCAACCUCUUCUUCUACGUCGGAUUCGUCAUAGCCGAGAGGAUCCUCUAUUUGCCGAGCGUCGGGGCUUGCUUGAUCGUCGGCGCUGCGAUCUCCGGAUGCUAUCGGAUAGCAAGAAGAAGCGGGUCCAGGCGGAGGGGCAGGACGGUUCUGUUGGCCACCGUUGUACUGCUUUGCCUGAUGUCCGCCAAGACCCUGCUGAGGAACGCCGACUGGUACGACGAGGAAAGCCUCUACCGUUCGGCUCUGCACGUCAACCCGCCAAAAGCUUAUGGUAAUUUGGGCAGCGUCCUGAGCGCGCAGGGACGCGUCGCGGAGGCGGAGGAAGCGUUUGUCCAGGCGCUCAGCUAUCGACCGAACAUGGCGGACGUGCACUACAAUCUGGGAAUUUUACAGCAGGGAAGAAAGAAUUACGAGGAGGCCAUUCUGAGUUAUCAGCGAGCGAUCCAUUUCCGACCUUCGUUAGCUCAGGCUUACGUGAACCUGGGCGCAGCGUUGGCCUCGGUGGGUCGUGGCGCGGAGGCGGCUGCGGUUUUGCGGGCCGGCGCGUCCCUGGACGGGUCCGGUCUCAAGGACAAAAGGGCUCACGAGGCGGCAAGGGUGCAGGCCCUCCUCCAAUUAGGCGCCCUAUACGCCGAUCAGGGUCGAUUACAAAGGGCCCUCUCGGCGUACAGAGAAGCUCUCCACGCCUUGCCGGAUCACUAUCCACCUCAGAGCGUUUACAACCUGCUGGGCGAGACGCUGUCGAGGCUGCAACAGUACGCGGAGGCGGAGAGGUGGUUCCAGGCGAGUUUGGCCAGCCAGCCUGACCACGUGCCGGCCCACAUCACUUACGGGAAACUUUUGGCCCGAAACUCGAGUCGCGUGCUGGAGGCCGAGAGGUGGUUCCUGAGAGCUCGCAGACUAGCGCCGGACGAUUCGAGCGUGCACCAUCAUUACGGACUGUUCCUAUCGUCCCAGGGUCGGCUGUCGGAGGCUGCCGAGGAGCAGCUCCGGGCUGCCGAGCUCUCGCGCUCCGAUUACGAGCUGUCGAUGGCGGCAGCGUCGGCGCUGCGCCAGGCGGACCGUUUAGAGGACGCGGAGGUCUGGUACCGGCACGCGGCCAGCCUGAGGCCGAACGAGGCCCGCAGCCACACGAACCUCGGCGCGAUUCUACACCUGAACGGGAAAUACAAGCAGGCUGCGGCGGCGUACAGCGAGGCGUUGAGGCUGCAGCCGGGCGACGCGACCACCAUCAUGAACCUCCACAAACUGGCCGCCAUUCUGGCGUGACCUCGUGACGCGGAGAACGGUGCUGACGCGUUCGCAGACAGAGACAGUACAGAGAGAGACGAGUGUGUGUAUUAUAUGACCCCUGGAAAGACCCACUAUCGACUCGCCGUAUUACCUGACCCCACGUCUACCCGAUCUUCCUCCCGAUAUUCGUUUAUAUCCGUCGACGGACGCGGCAAUGUCACCGGGAUCAUGUCCUCGGGGACCUUGGCGCGCGAUCGACCCGUAUCGCCUGCUAUGGUAUGUAAAGAAUAAAGCUUCCUUUAUUUUUCUCUAA